CUUGUGUUCCGCGCAGCGCUGAACGCUGCCCUCCCCCUGUCCCCUCCACAAAAUUUCCGCUCCAGCCAGCACCCGAGGGCCGAGCGAGCCAGACCCGCAAACCGGCAAGCCCCCGUCACCUCCCCCCUCCGUCAGACGACCCCAGCCCGGCACACGCAGCCAUGGGCAACCGCGGGUCGCGCCACCACCGCCACGCAGCCGACCAGCAGCAGCCGGCCCCGCCCAAGCCCCAGGCCCAUGCGCCGCCGCCGCUGCCACAGCAGCAGCACCAUCGGCCGAGGCCGAAGCCGGCGGCGGCGGCCCCGUCGGCGGACGCGGGGGUGGCGGGGCGCGUGCUGGGGCGUCCGAUGGAGGACGUGCGCGCGACCUACACCUUCGGGCGCGAGCUCGGCCGGGGCCAGUUCGGAGUCACCUACCUCGUCACGCACCGGGAGACCGGCCAGCGCUUCGCCUGUAAGUCCAUCGCCACGCGCAAGCUCGUCCACCGCGACGACAUCGAGGACGUGCGCCGGGAGGUCCAGAUCAUGCACCACCUCACGGGCCACCGCAACAUCGUCGAGCUCCGCGGCGCCUACGAGGACCGCCACUCGGUCAACCUCGUCAUGGAGCUCUGCGAGGGAGGGGAGCUCUUCGACCGGAUCAUCGCCAGGGGCCACUACACCGAGCGCGCAGCCGCCGCGCUCUGCCGCGAGAUCGUCGCCGUCGUCCACAGCUGCCACUCCAUGGGGGUCUUCCACCGGGAUCUCAAGCCCGAGAACUUCCUCUUCCUCAACGACAAGGAGGACUCGCCGCUCAAGGCCACGGACUUCGGCCUCUCCGUUUUCUUCAAGCCCGGGGAGACUUUCAAGGAUCUGGUGGGAAGUGCAUAUUAUGUUGCUCCUGAGGUACUGAAACGGCACUAUGGUGCAGAGGCUGACAUUUGGAGUGCUGGGGUUAUUCUUUACAUCCUUCUGUCCGGUGUUCCUCCUUUUUGGGCAGAGAAUGAGGAUGGCAUAUUUGAUGCUGUUUUGCGUGGUCACAUUGAUUUCUCUUCUGAUCCUUGGCCUUCAAUAUCUAAUGGUGCAAAGGAUUUGGUUAAAAAGAUGCUGAGGCAAGACCCGAAAGAGCGCUUGACUGCUGCUGAAAUUUUGAACCAUCCAUGGAUUAGAGAGGAUGGAGAGGCACCAGAUAAGCCACUUGACAUUACAGUCAUCAGUAGAAUGAAACAGUUCAGGGCAAUGAACAAGCUCAAGAAAGUUGCAUUGAAGAUUGUUGCCGAGAACUUAUCGGAUGAAGAGAUUAUGGGCCUCAAAGAAAUGUUUAGAUCCCUGGAUGCGGAUAACAGUGGGACAAUUACUCUUGAAGAGCUAAGAUCUGGUUUACCAAAACUUGGCACUAAAAUUUCUGAAUCAGAAAUCAGACAGUUGAUGGAGGCGGCUGAUGUUGAUGGAAAUGGCACCAUUGAUUACGCGGAGUUCAUAUCAGCCACUAUGCACUUGAAUAGAUUGGAGAAGGAAGACCACAUACUCAAAGCUUUUGAAUAUUUUGAUAAGGACCACAGCGGAUACAUAACAGUAGAUGAGUUGGAGGAAGCUUUGAAGAAGUAUGAUAUGGGAGAUGAUAAAACAAUAAAAGAAAUCAUUGCUGAAGUGGAUACAGAUCAUGAUGGAAGAAUUAAUUACCAGGAGUUUGUUGCCAUGAUGAGGAACAACAGCCCUGAGAUUGUUCCGAACCGGAGGCGCAUGUUCUAACUGCAGUCUACAAUUUCGAUGGAUGCUUUUUGGGAAUAUUUUGCCCUUAGACAUCUUCUCCUGGACUCAUUUUCUUCUGGGAAAAGCCAUUAAGACUCCAUUUGAGAUCCAUAUCUCUGCAGCCCGGACCAGUUUGUACCAGAAUGGGGUGCAUGAUAUGGCUACUUCAAUAUAGAUGCUUUGAUCAUCAUCUGACUCUGGGUGGCAGUGCUUCUUCUCAUGCAUAAUGCCUUUGAGGUUGUUCAGCUGCUUUGAUCUGCAUCUUUCCCCACCUUCCAUUCUAGCGUGUUUCCUCAAUGAGGUGAUCAGUUAGCUGCACGAAUGAGCGUGUUGUGACUUGUGUUCAUGUGCUUUUGUCCUCUUAGCCAUUUAUAUUAGAACAGGCAUUGUAAGAGGGUGUUUAGUGAUCUUGUGUGGCAAUGUUGUAUUAUUCUUAAUAAGCAUAGCACAAACGUGGUCCUGGAUUAUCUCUAGGUGAAAUGCUGAUCCAUUUGAGCUCUUCAGCUAGCAAGAUUCUUAUUUGGGUGAAGAUGACCACCCAAAGAA